AUGAAUUUUCAGAGAGAAAUAACGAAAUGGGUAGAACAAAAAAAAAACUUAAAACUAAAAAGACUUAGCUGUUUUUUUUUUUUUAAAAACAAAAUUAAAAAAGGAUUAUUCGGAAACUUAUUAAAUAAUAAUUAUGUAAAAGAAAAAGUUACAAAUGAAAAAAAUGUAAAAAAAUAUAAUUUUUUAUCUAGUAAAAGUACUACAAAUUUACUACACGAUUUGAGUUAUUGUAACAAUUCCUCUUUUUAUGAGAAUUUUCACAAAAGGAAAUAUCAAGAAGAUAAUAUUUAUGAUUUAAAAAGUAUUAUAUUAAAUUUAAAUAAUAUACAUUAUUUAUUUAAUAAAAAUGAUAAUAUUUAUUUAAGAUUAUCUCUUUUAUAUAUGGAAGAAUUGCAACACUUAAAGUUAUUACUAAACAUAGGACAAGAAAAAAUAUAUAACUUAUCUAACGAGUUUUAUGAGAAAAAUAAAAUUUCCUUAAAUUAUUGUUUAAAUUUAGUUGAUAUAAUCAAUUUAUUUAACUUUUAUAUAUAUAUAGAGAAAUAUUAUUUCUAUUUUUUUUAUAUAAUUUUAAGAACAAUAGAAAAUUUUAAGGAUUUUUCAAAUGUUAAUGAUAUUUUAUCCAUCAAAUUCUUAAAAUCUUGUUUAAAAUUAAAAAAAGAAAUAAGUAAAAAUGUUGAUACAAAUAAGCAGAAAUAUUAUAUGAAAAAAAGAAAAAUAAUUAAUCACAAUAUUCUUCAUAAUUACUUUUAUCAUAUAAAAAAUAACAUUUUUACAAAAAAUACUAUUCAUACCUUAUCUUAUGUUUCAAAGAAUUAUAAUACAUUUUCUUUUUUAAAAAAUAAUAAUAAAAAAAGGAAAUAUAUACACUUUUUUUAUCUAAAAAAAAAAGGCUAUGUAAAUUUAAUUUAUUCAAAAUUUAAGAAAAGAAAAUAUAAAAAAUCAAUGAUAAAUUGUGAUUACUAUUUAGAAAAAUGCAUUUUUUUAUUUUUAAGUAAAAAAAUUGAUAUAAAUAUAUUAAUAAAUUAUAUUAAAAUAACUCAAAAUACAAACAUAUGUAAUAAUAAUUUUAUAAGUUUAAUAAAAAAUUAUUUGAAGAAAAAUUAUGAAUAUUUCACUACAAAAGAACUUAUAAUUAUAAUAAAGUAUUUAAUGAAAAUAAAAGAGCCAAUUAAGGUGUAUAAAAUGUCUUUUAGUUCUAUAAAAAAAGAUGUAUGCAAAAAUAUAAAUGAAUAUAGCAUACGAGAUAUUAAUAAAAUUAUUUCUAUUUUUUCAAAAAACAAUCAUUAUGAUGAGAAGUUUUUAGAUAUUAUUUCUAAUUAUAUUAUGGAAAACUUAAACACAGUGAAUUCAAAUACUCUUGUUAAAAUUACAAUUAAUUUAUAUAAUUUAAAUUAUAAAAAUAAUGAAUUAUUAUAUGAAAUACUUAACAAAUAUAAACCUUUUAUUAGAAAUAGUAGAAAAAAAUUAAAUAUAAAUUAUUUGUUUCUAAAAAAAACAAAAUUAAUUUAUAAAAUGAAAAAGGAUAUUAUAACACAAAAAAAAAAUAAAAUAGAGAAACUUUCUCACAAUGGAAAUGCUUGUAGUACCUUGAAUUUUGCCUCUAUAAAAAUUAAAGAAAAUGUUUCGGAUAACAAAUAUUUUAGAAAUUUUGAUUAUAUAAAAAUAAAAAAAUUAUUAUUAUUUAUGAAAAUAUUAAUAGAAAAUAAUAUAUAUAUAGAUAACAAAUGGUCUCAAUAUUUUUUUUCAUUAAUUAAAAGUAAAUUCUAUUUUAUAAAAAAAAAAGAUUUUCACACAUUAUGCUUUGUAAUUCUUCAUUUAGAAUCAAAGGAAAUGUUUUCUAAUUUUUUUCUUUUAUCCAGUAAAUAUAACAUAUUUAAAAAAUAUUCAUUGCAAAAACUAAUAUCUUCAAAUAACUUAUCAUCUUUAAUUCAAAUUAAUUUAUUAUUUAGUUUUCAUAUAUAUAGAUAUAAUAGUGACAUUUUUUUAUCUUUGUUUUUUCAUGUUCUUGAUAAAUUUUAUAAAAUUUAUAAUUAUGAAAAUAAAAAUGAGGAUCAAGAAUGCCAACAACAUUUCACAAAGCAAAAGAAACCCUUUAAUAUUUUUUAUAGAUACGAAAAAGAUGAUAUUCUUCAAAAUAAUGAAGAAAAUAUAUAUAUGCAUGAUUUAAAAAUAUAUGAGAGAAAAAAGAAUAAUAAAUACAGUAAAAAGAAGGAGAAAAAAAAAAAGGAUGAACUAAAAAAUAAAAUAAAUAAAAUUAUAAUACCAUCAUGUGAUAAAUUAAAAGAAAAUAUAUCAUUUCAAAAUAUAGCACAAGUAGAAAGUGAAAUACACGAAUUUCAAAACAGUAAUUUAAAAUAUCAUCAAAGUCAAAGUGAAAAAACAAAUGAAAAUAAAAGAAAAACCAUUGAACCUAUAUGUAGGGACAAUAAUUUUUUAAUAUAUAAUGACAAUAACAAUAUAAAAAAUGACAUGCAUUUAAUUAAUAAUGAUAUAAUUAUCAAAAAGGAAGAAAAUAUUUAUAGAAAUAAAAAAUAUGCUAACUUCAAUUCCUAUAAUUUUACAUGUUAUGAUAAUAAUAUUAAAAAUGAAAAGGUUGAAUUAUACAAUGGUGAAAAUAAAUAUGAUGAGAACAUGAUUAAUAAUGACAAUUCUUUUUUACUCCAUGAAGACUAUUUUAUGAAAAAUGAGAAAUUAAAUAAAGAGAAUAAUAGUGAAUUUUUCUUCAAUGGAAAUUAUAAAAAUAAGAAUUCUGAAAAUAUAUUAAAUAACUAUACAAAUGAUUAUUUUAGUAAAUUGAGGGAUUCGCGUUACUUAAUUAUAAUAAUAAACAAUUUUUUUUUUAAUUACAUAAUAGGAAACUAUAAAAAUAGUGAUAAUAAUAAUAAAUUUUUUCAAAAUUUAAAUGAAGAAUACUUGUUAAAUAAACUAACAUACAACCAUUUGUUAUUGAUAUAUAAAACUUAUGAAUUAUGCUCCUCUUAUGUUAACUUAUCUUUGAAAACAAUAAAAAUUAUGAACAACAAUAAAAACGUUCUUUCUUCUAAAUUUCAUAAACAAAUACUAUCUAUUUUAACACAACUUGAUUCAAAAAAUGAAAUAGUAAGUGAAUAUGUUCAAUAUCCAUUUCAGAUAGAUAUUUGCAUAAAAAGGAAAUUUGUUUAA